AUGACUUCGCCUAGCACGGCAGGUCACAUCCAGGUCAGCAAUGCACUCUGGGACACCACCAUCAGCACCUUGGCAACACUCCACCAAGGCAGCAGCAAUCGCAGCACCAAAUUUGAUCCCGAACUGGAGAAAUACGUUCUCUUCCACGUCGCUUACUUCCUCAACAGUUAUUACUUGUGGAUCGUGUUCGCCUUUGGCUUCCCGGGGAAUAUUGUGAGCUUUAUGACGAUACUUCGUAUGAAGCCGUUUACAUCACCAACUCGCUACGUGGCCACUCUGGCGUUUGUAGACAACGUGUGUUUGUUGUGCAAAAUUCUCUUCUUCUCUUUAACCAAGUUUGAUGUCAACAUUGGCAACAGAGGCUGUGCAUUCGCAAACUGGCUCUUGGUGGCCAUGACUGUAGAGAGAUGUCUGGCCAUCUGCUUGCCGCUCAAGGUCGGCUCCAUCUGCACCAGGUAUGAAUUUACGCUCAUUUUGUUAACUGCUUAUAUACAAACAGUAUUAUUUAGUAUAUGUUUCCACUUUGCCAUCACCUCUGAGAUGAUCGACAAGAAUGGGGACUACAAAUGUCAGCCCAGCGGCGACUACGACUGGUUCAUGCGAGUCUGGUACUGGCUGGACGCCGUCAUUUACGCUUUCCUUCCAGCACUGCUGCUCAUUGUUCUCAACGCCCUCAUUAUCAAAGGGAUUCGACACUCGGCUAUAGUGCAGAGAGAACUAACAAGCAAGGCCUCUCAAGUAGCAGAAACUACGCGACAACAGAGGCAAAUCACUAUCAUGUUGGUUGUUGUCUGCAUCGCAUACGUUCUCCUCAUUACACCACUGGCUCUCUUCUACGCCAUCCAGCCCUACUGGUCAUACAAACAAAACCCGGGAGAGCACGCCAAGUACCUCUUCAUCAACCAGUUGGCUUUCAUGUUGUCCGACUCCACUCACGCCGUCAACUUUUAUCUCUACUUCUUCAGCACUCAGCGGUUCCGCAAGCGAUGUCUGGAAACUCUCUUCUUUUGCUGUUUGCCGCGAAGACAGACUCGUCGGUUCCGAGGCUCUACCAUCUCUGGAAUGUCCAAAGCGUUCCGACUUAGCGUCACGGAUGAUACGACGGCGCACCACAACACUGUACAGUUGGCCAACCUUUCGUCUUCCUCGUCUUCUUCGUCAAACCAUCUUCUAGUUGGCAACGGAGAUAACAGCAUGACGAGGCUAAAGCGAGGUCGGGAUUGUAGCUUGACUGUUGCUUGA